AUAAAAAAUAAGCCCAUAAGCAUGUCCAAAAGAUCGCAAAAGGAGCUGGAAAAUGACGACCUGUCUGAUAUCGAUGUCUCGUCGACAGAUGAAGAAGUGGAAGAGGAAGAUGAAGAGGCGGAAGAAAUGAUCAACGUGGAUUUUGAUUUUUUCGACCUAAAUCCAAAAAUCGACUUCCACGCUACAAAGAAUUUCUUGAGGCAGCUGUUUGGAGAAGACUCGGCAUUUUUCUCGCUGUCUGAAAUUGCAGACAUGGUGCUGACCGAGGGCCGUGCGGGCUCGACUAUCAAGACCGACGGUGAAGAAUCGGAUCCGUUUUCAGUGCUCAGUGUAAUCAGCCUGACCGACAAUCUGGAAACCACCUCGAUCAAAGCGCUGGUGAAGUACGUGCUGGAAAAAACCAGCAAAAAGCCUCAAUUCAAUAUCGUUCUUCGGCAGCUGCUGUCAGGAAGUUCAAAGUCGCGCGUAGGACUUGUCGUGAGCGAGAGACUCAUCAACAUGCCUGUGGAAACUGUGCCUCCAAUGUACAAGAUGCUGUUGGAAGAGAUUGAGAAGGCCGAAAAUGCUGCCACCGAAUACAAUUUUGAUUUUUAUCUCGUUCCGUCCAGAGUGUACAAAUUGGUUGCUUCAACGAUCGACCAGGAGAUGGAGGACGCUCCCUCGUCCAAAAAAUCAAAGAGGACCUCAGUGCCCACAGACACACUCGACUACUUUCAUUACGAGGAUGAGGUGCUGGAGAAGCACGCACAGCACCACGGCUACUUUGACUACACUAACAAGACGAUCGAGGCAGACUCCCGAAGAGUCUUCAACGACUACGGGGUGGAUCCAAAGCUGAGCCUGAUGCUGUUGGACAAGAAGAGCUUUGAAAAAGCGGUGGCGGAGAUGCAAGAGCGGUUUCCGCCGUACUAAAUAGCUAAGCUGAAAUCUACCAAUUUCUGCCUCCAUAU